CAAUUUAAAAGAACAAAAAGAGAAAAGAAAAGAGAGAGAGAGCUUCAUUUUUUAUUGCCCUUUUAGCUGCUUGUUGGGGUAUUGGCCACUUCUCUUCUCGCGCUCUUCCUCAUUGAGCGAGAAAGAGAAACACAACACAAUACACACAGAAACAACAAAAAACACCAAAAUUUCCAUUUCCAAUUCACCAAAAGUCACGCAGACCCAACCCUCAUCAACCCUCUCUCUAUAUUCUCUUCCACAUUCUCCUCCAUUCGCUCACUCUUUGCUCAAAACCCUAGCUUCCCUCUUACCCCUUCCAUUUCCUCAAUUCCUCCAAUCGUCAAUCGUCAAUCGUCUCCGACCACCCCAAGAUUCAGGCUUGGCACCGGCGCCGAUGAAAUUUCUCUGUUUUUGAUUUUGGGUUAGGGUUUUUUCGAUGCUAUCUCUCCCCUGACAACUCCAUCGCUGGUUCGCUUUCGAAGGGUUAGGGCAUUUAGGCAAAUGGAAGUGCCGGGUGGCAAUCUGGACUCGUUUAGAGCUGCUUCGGGAAAUAGUAGUUCUAGAAGAUAUGGAAUGUUAUCCGCUUCCAAUAUCAUUCAGGCACCACUUUCUGCCUUGUUGGAGUACUCGGGUCUUCUCCGUGGCCGCUCUAAUCACCAAGAAGCUGAAUCUUUAAUUAACGGCCGUAGCGCUGCUGCUUUCCGGGAUCACCAUCAUAGUCAGCUGGACCAAUCUCCAACCACAAGCAACGACGGGGAGGUUUCCAUUAGGAUAAUUGGUGCAGGGGAGCAGGAGCAUGACAGGGAAGGCGCAGGGUUAGUAGUUGGACAGUUGAGGGAAGUUACUGUUCCCCCAAAUGAGGUUUCUGCACCACCAAUGGCAGGGGUGGCGUCUGUGUCAUUGACAACAGAGGAGGGUCAGACAGAUGGCAGAACAGAUCGUAGUUCGGGAGAGGGCAUGCCCCAAUCGUUAAAUGGAAGUGCUGAUGGAGAAGGAGUUGAUGGAGCUGGGUCUAAUGGCAGAGAUUCUUCUUACCAGAGAUAUGACAUUCAGCAGGCUGCUAGGUGGAUUGAGCAGGUCCUUCCCUUUUCUUUGCUUCUAUUGGUGGUCUUCAUCCGCCAGCAUUUGCAGGGUUUCUUUGUUACAAUUUGGAUUGCUGCUGUUAUGUUCAAGUCAAAUGAUAUUCUAAGGAAACAGACAGCUUUGAAGGGAGAGAGGAAAGUCGCAGUUCUAAUCGGCAUCUCUCUUGCAUUUGCAUUGCACGUGGUUGGUGUUUACUGGUGGUAUCAGAAUGAUGAUCUGUUGUACCCUUUAAUUAUGCUUCCUCCUAAACUUAUACCACCAUUUUGGCACGCUGUUUUCAUCAUCAUGGUGAAUGACACCCUGGUCCGGCAGGCAGCAAUGGUGCUCAAGUGUAUUCUAUUAAUAUACUACAAAAACAGCAGAGGCCGAAACUAUCGUAAGCAGGGUCAAAUGCUUACUCUGCUUGAGUAUUUACUGCUCUUGUACCGUGCCUUGUUGCCAACACCAGUGUGGUAUCGUUUCUUCUUGAACAAAGAAUAUGGGAGUCUCUUUUCAUCCCUAAUGACAGGGUUAUAUUUGACUUUCAAGCUCACAUCUGUUGUUGAGAAGGUGCAAUCCUUCUUUGCUGCAUUGAAGGCAUUGUCACGUAAAGAGGUGCACUAUGGGGCAUAUGCAACAUCAGAACAGGUCAAUGCAGCUGGCGAUCUUUGUGCUAUUUGCCAGGAGAAGAUGCACGCUCCUAUCCUACUUCGAUGUAAACACAUCUUUUGUGAGGACUGUGUAUCAGAGUGGUUUGAGAGAGAACGGACGUGCCCAUUGUGCAGAGCUUUGGUAAAACCUGCAGAUCUUAGAUCAUUCGGCGAUGGAUCAACGAGUUUGUUUUUCCAGCUGUUCUGAAAUCGUCUACUGUAAAAACGGGGAGUUUUUCUGCUUCGGAGUUCCAAAUCUUGUUCAAAGCAGCCAUCUCCUGAACCCUGAUCCAUAUAACUAUACAACACUGGUAUAUUUGAUUGUAUUUUUGCUCUGCCUUGUUCAUGGGUUGCCCUUGGAAAGAAAAACAAUUGUUGGGUAUAACUGAACUGGGUACUGUUCAUACGUCCUGUCGAGAAAAAGUCAAAUGUAUGUAAUGCGCCAAUUAAGCAACAAAGUUCUUUUGAUAACCAUAUACAACUGUCUAUUUGCCAUGAAUGAAAGUUUCCCUCGCCCCUCCCCCCUUCCUUCACA